AUGCCUUUACCUCCUCGUAUCGAAAUAGAAAACGAGCACUCUACAAAUACAGCCCACUCUGUCAGCUCUAUUCUGCUUACAUCCAACAACUAUCAACAGCAACAACAACAACAACAAAACGCCUUAUCUCAACUAAACCCCGAGUAUCCUCUUCCCAAGCAAGAGCCAUUACAGGGGAAAGUGGAAAACCUGCAGCAACAUAAAGCAUUAGAAACAUCGGAUUUCUGGCCACCCAAGGGACAAAAACUACAACAGGAUGAUGUGAACCAACUGACAGUAGGCUCGGUCAAUCAACUAACUGUGAACUCGAUAUCAAGCGAGUAUUCUUCAACAACCAAUAUUGAUGAAUAUAUCAAUCGUCUCUUAGAUGCUGGUUAUUCAUCCAAAGUGUCCAAGACUUUAUGUUUACGACAUUCAGAAGUCACUGCGAUCUGUAGGGCUGCUAUGGAUAUAUUUUUGAGCCAACCUUCCUUGCUGGAGCUUUCACCUCCUGUAAAAGUAGUAGGUGAUACACAUGGACAAUAUACCGACUUGAUUAGAUUAUUCGAGAUGGGUGGAUUUCCUCCGUCUGCCAAUUACCUCUUUUUAGGCGAUUAUGUGGAUAGAGGAAAGCAAAGCUUGGAGACGAUUCUACUUCUAUUUUGUUACAAGAUCAAGUAUCCAGAGAAUUUUUUCUUACUACGAGGAAAUCAUGAAUGUGCCAAUGUUACCAAAGUUUAUGGAUUCUAUGAUGAAUGCAAGCGUCGCUUGAGCGCUAAAAUGUGGCGUACAUUUGUAGAUGUCUUUAAUACCCUCCCCAUUGCAGCUCUAGUUGCUGGUAAAAUAUUUUGUGUGCAUGGUGGGCUAAGCCCUUCCUUACAUAGUAUGGAUGAAAUACGUAAUAUCCAAAGACCUACAGAUGUACCUGAUUAUGGAUUACUUAAUGAUCUCCUCUGGUCAGACCCUGCUGAAAUUGAAGGCGACUGGGAAGAUAAUGAGCGAGGUGUGUCUUAUGUAUUUGGCAAAAAGGUCAUCAACGAGUUUCUAUCAAAGUUUGAUUUAGACUUGGUGUGCCGAGCUCACAUGGUCGUUGAAGAUGGCUACGAAUUUUUUGCUAAUAGAUCCCUUGUGACGGUAUUCUCAGCGCCCAACUAUUGUGGAGAGUUUGACAACUUUGGUGCUAUCAUGAGCGUAAACGAAGAGCUGUUAUGUAGCUUUGAGUUACUGACUCCAGCCGAUCAUCCAUUGGCUAAAGAACGACUUAAACAGAACAAGAUUAGUAAUGGUAAUAUCAACAGUAAUAAUAAUAAACGAUAG